UCAAUGUCAGUCAAGUUAGAACUUCAAACUUCAAUUAAACUUGGUCUUUCGAUUCAAGGCGUGACUUUUGAACUUAUUAAUUUCACGUGGUCAAAAAUUAGUGUUAACGUUGUUUAAAUAACAACAAAAUUAAAAAUGGCUUAUGAUUCGAAAUUAGUUGAGUUAGCAAUUAAGCUGUUCUCAAUAGAUGCCGUAAAGUUUGGCGAGUUUACAACUAAGAGCGGCAUCAAAACACCUGUCUAUUUUGAUUUGAGGGUUAUAGUUAGCUACCCCGAUGUUAUGGAAUCCAUUUCAAACCUCUUAUUAGAUGUUACUAUGAAGGAUUUGAAAUACGAUCACGUAUGUGGGGUACCGUACACCGCUCUACCUAUCGCUACAAUACUCAGUGUACUGACAAAGAAGUCAAUGUUGAUGAGGCGAAAAGAGACCAAAGCCUACGGGACUAAGAAAUCUAUUGAGGGCCACUACAAGGCCGGCCAGACUUGCCUCAUUGUCGAAGAUGUUGUAACAUCAGGAUCCAGUGUUCUAGAAACUGUCCGAGACUUACGUAAAGAAGGGUUGUUGGUGACAGACACAGUGAUCAUUCUAGACAGAGAACAGGGUGGCAGCAAAAAUCUUGAUUCUAAUGAGGUCCAAGUCAAAUCAUUAUUUACCAUGUCUUCCCUGAUUGAUAUUUUGGUGAAGAAUGGUAAGAUAACUGAAGAAACAGUAAUCAAAGUAAAAAAUUAUCUCAAAGAGACUCAAGCUCCUGUUAUUGAAAAGCCCUUGAACAGAAUUCUGCUGCCAUAUGAAAAGCGUGCAGAACUGGCUAAGAAUGGCAUAGCCAAACAACUCUUCACCAUAAUGGCUACAAAAAAGACAAACUUAUGUCUCUCUGUGGAUCUGACAUCCACCACAAAGAUAUUGGACCUUCUUGAACAAGUUGGAGAACAUGUUUGUCUUGUAAAGACUCAUGCUGAUAUCAUAGAAGACUAUACUGAUGACUUUAUAAAAAGAAUUAAGCAACUGGCUGAUAGAUUCAACUUUUUAUUGUUAGAAGAUAGAAAGUAUGCAGAUAUAGGACAUACAGUCUCUUUGCAGUACACAAAAGGGCUGUAUAAAGUAGGAGAUUGGGCAGACUGUGUUACUGCUCACUCUCUGCCUGGUGAAGGAAUUCUGAAAGCUUUGAAUGCACCAAAUGGGUGUGACAGAGGUGUGUUUCUAUUGGCUGAAAUGAGUAGUGAGGGCAACCUCAUUACCCCAGACUACAAAGAAGCAACAGUGGUCAUGGCUUCCAAAUACCCUGAACUAAUCACUGGGUUUGUUUGUCAAAACAUAGACACAUUUAAAGACCCAGGCCUUAUCCAGUUGACCCCUGGAGUACAGUUAGAGAGCAGCAAGGACGACCUGGGCCAAGUCUACAAUACUCCAGAAAAGGUUAUUCUGGAAAAAGGAGCUGAUGUCAUAGUUGUAGGAAGAGGAAUUGUGGCAGCAAAGAGUCCGGUAACUCAAGCAGUUCUUUACAAAGACACUUUAUGGAAGUGUUACUUGAAGAGAGUAUCUGGAAAACUUGAGUAGAUAAAAAUAUAUUUUUUUAACAUAAUCACAAGUACAAUUUGUGCUACUAUACUAUUCUCGAAACUUUAUAAUCUGUUAAAAUAUAUAUCUUGUUUAUAUUUACGAUUAAGUGACAUUGUACAACAAUCUCCAGUAUUCCUAUUUAGUAAACGAACCAAUAUUUUGUGAUAAUAAAAAUAGUGUAAUAACAAAAACUUGGUGCUAGUACAGAUACUGUAAAUUUUUGCAUAUACUUGUAUGCUGCAAUAAAAGUGCCUUUACAUUCCUAGAUGUAAUUCCAGAAAAACGUGUGUUAGUUUAUAAGCGUUUUUAAAUACUUUUAAUAUUGUAUUGCUGUUAUUGGCCAAUAUAUCUAUAAACUAUAA